AUGCCUUGUGGCUGUCCUAUCUGGAAUUACAUAUAUGACGCUUGUUCAUCGACGGGGCUUGCAUCUCCUUCCCCAGACCCGCCUGACUAUCCUUGCAAGUAUUGCCAACUCAUGACGAGCCCUGUAAAUCAACCUCAGCUAGCCGUCACCGAUGCUCUGAAAUAUCUUGACGAGAUCAAGGAGGUUUAUAAGGACAAUCCGAAGGUCUAUAACGCCUUUCUAGACAUCAUGAGAGACUUUAAGAGUCAAAAAAUGGAUACUUCUGAUGUUAUAAAAGAAGUUCGCUCUCUCUUUCAUGAUCAACCUGGACUCCGAGCGGGACUCAAUAUUUUCUUGCCUCCUGGCUAUAGCAUUGAGUCCACCACACCGGGGCAUCAAUCGAAACUCUGAGCCUCACCUUGAAGAUGCGAUAUCUCUUUGCUGUACAAUGUUAUUGUGGAAUUGUCAUUGUCUCUCGCCCGUCGUUGUCCGACAGCUGGGAAAUCUUUCAUGUGAGCGAAUUGGCGGGGCAUACAAGUAAAAAGGUACAAGAGAUGGACAACGCAGACUAUAUGACUAUAUCACAUAGAAUCGAGAACGAUGAUGCAGGGAG